AUGAAUGAGAAACAAAUUCUCGGCGUUGCUGGUAACAGUAAUAAUGUACACCUUAUGACAUUAGAAUAUUAUAACGAACAUAAAGAUGAACUGAAAGGAGAGAAGGGUGACACCGGACCUCAAGGACCACAAGGAAUACAAGGACCUCAAGGCGAAAACGGUUUGGAUGGUGAAGAUGGAAAGGAUGAAAAAACUGCUAAAUCAUGGAUAUGGAACCUUAUAAAUACUGGUUUAACAGCUGCUUCAUAUGGAGUUCUUCAAUACCAAAUCGGAAAGAUAUGGGCAGUACUUGGUGAAGAAGCUUUAGAUGACGUUAAAAAUGCUUUGAACUUCAUUUCAAAUGGUUCGGAUACUAUUAAAACUUUAUCUGGUUGGAUGCAAGAAACAAGGAGUCAAAUAGAUACUGUAAGACGUAUAGCAAACAAUGCACGUACGGGAUUGGAUACUUUACGAGAAGCACAAAAUACACUAAAGGAAGCAAAUGAUAUUCUUGGCUCAGUAUCAGACAUGCAUGAAGAUUGGCUUAAAG